AUGGGUUUUGACGCUUCAGAAAAGCAAAUCAUGCACGAGCUCCUAGAACUGUCCGAUGAAGCCGAUGUUUGCGUUUCUGCCCGUGCGCUUGCUCGCUGCUUUGCUGAUAAAGUACAGCGGAAACGUCCUCCUCCGCCACAAAUUUCGAAAAGCCACGAGUACCCGCUUGAGAAGAAAAGGAGGAUAAGUUUCCUCUCUGAGGAACUGUGUGCAACACUUCCGUGUGGACAAGAGAUAAACGUGGAUUUUGUUGGGUUUCUGAAGGAUAGACUCGAUUCUUGGUACUUGGAUAGCACCGUCGAGGGAGAUAGCGUAGACGAUGCGAAGCUCGCGCAGAAGCUAUCCAUGCCUCCCAGCGUUGCGCUGGAGGAUGUCGACAUUUUUAUGACUCGCAGCCCUGUAUUGUAUGUGUGCAAAAACUGCCGCCGCCCUGUAAUCGAGUCCCGGGUCUAUGAGCAUAUAUUACGCUGCUGCCCAGAUCGAUGGGUUCCGCUCCUCAAUGAGUGUGCCAAGCAGGUGACGAACGUCGCCACGCAGUUCCAGCGCAAUAUGUGCGACAGCGAUCUGCAUAAUGUCGUGCUUUCGUUUGAGUUUCCUGAAAUCUAUUUCUCUCAGCUUCUGGAUGACGAGGAUGGUGCACCAAAAACGCGUUUCGGCAGACAUGCAAAGCGUGUAGGGAAAGUGUACGACUCGCAGUUGCUCUUCAUGCACGGAAUGCAGUCUGCGCGUGCGAUCAGCGGCAAUCGUGAUCAGCAGCAUCACACUGCUCCGGUAGACGCAGAUUUGAGCUUGUAUCGGAGCUUUGCUGCACUUUCAACUGUCAAAGUGACGAGGAACGCUGGUAUCGCUGAGACCAACUCCCGGAUCACGGCGGGCAAUGUUGCCACAGAGGCCGCCAAAUGCCGAGCCUUUCACCGCAAGUAUUUUUGGCCGCGGAUACCAUAUGCGUCAAAACCGAAUAGCGCUGAGACAGAGAGCAUGCCGGAUCGGUUGGAUCCCCUUGCGCGUCUUCUGUAUCUGAACAUGUCUUGGGAGAGAAUCAUGCAGAUGACUUUACCGCCGGCUAUGAAGAAAAAGGUAACCAGUGCGAGAGGCUACGUGCACCCCGCCAAAGAGCAGCUCUCUACAAAAGAGGAGCUUCUGCCAGCAUCAACGAAUACGAUUGCCCAUGCGAUUUUGCGGUUACAGAGCAAACGUUCUUUCGGCUCAUCAUGGCUCAUAGACCCUCGGCAGCUCUCGCAGAACAGAACCACGAAUGGGAUCUUCCACGGUCAAAGCUUUUUUGCUCAGCCCGGCACAUUUUGGACUGACCCAAGUCGCCAGUUGCUACCGCGUCUCCAUCAAGCGCCUACGAGCACGCAGAGAGCAGUCGCCGCGUCGCUUUCCUCGGCGUCCAACGGGCCAUCAUCGAUUCGAAGCCAACUCUCUGAUCUUGUGCAACGGCGAAACAGUGUGCCGGACGAGGCCUCCAACGCAGCUUCCACAGAACGAAAUCAGGUGGCGAACGCGGCUGCUGAGAGCAAAUCGAGUCAAGCCUCUGCGGGAAUCCCACAGCGGUUGAGCUCCCUCCAGUAUCGUGCAAGCAUGCCGAGCCCUCUCGGUGCUGUUUCCAGGCAGAGCGCACAGCCCGCUAGUGGAGCGAAUGCGGGGCAUGGAACGGGACUUUUGACUCCAGGCCGGGAGGUGGUUCAGGAAACUAUGCGACAUCGGAUUGCUCCUGACCUUGUAGAGUGGCUGCGACGGGACCCGUUCUUCUUACAAAUGACCGAAGCUGCUAAGGAACGAGUACUCGUGAUGCCGAACCUAACUCCAGAGAUGCAGCAGCAAGCACUCGAGGCCCUGGAGCAACGUCUCAUGCAAGAGCGCCUGAGAGCCAUUGCGCAAGCUGUCGUAUUCGCUCGUGAGAUGCCACAGAAUUCACGGGCAAGAAUGUCGGCAACGUCGCUGUUGAGCACCCUCCAUCCGAUGAACGAGAGCCAGCGCAAGGCACUGGGCGAGAUGGUUCGGCAACUCUUGAUCACUCAAAGGGCGUCCACGCAACCGCCGCGUCCUCCAGAUCGGAUUACAGAAGCGGUUGCCUCUGAGCAUUCCUCAUCGAGCAUUCCGAGCCCGGCAUCAUUUGCAUCGCGAACACAAAGGCAGGGGCUGGAUGCACGCCCGUUGCAGCGCUUAGAUGCCCCAAGAGAGGCCAGCAAUGGUUCAAAAGCAGAUACCGAUGCAGAGCCCCUGCACGGUAAGCCUGGUAAGGGCGCUCAAGGCCGUCAUCGGAGUGACGUAGAUCUGCUUGCUGCAAUCGAUAGAGCCUUGGGAAUCCGACGUGACCCUGAAUAG